AUGAACCCUGACACCCCUGGCAUCAUGGGCGCGCGUUGGAGGGACUCGGGAGCUUCUGAGGAUCCCGGUGCAUUGAACGGCGUACCUGGAAAGCAGGCGUCCCAGGUUGUGAUGGUGGUUAGGGCUAACCAAGCCUCGCAAGUGGCCCGCGGCCCGUGGCUGAUGAUCAUGGCGGGACAGGCCAGGCAGUGUAAUGAUGGUGAAGCAGACCAACGAAGCCAGUGA